AUGAUCGAAAAUCUCGAACCAUCUGUUUUAGUAUGGCUUGCUAACUCGGAAGAUCUUUUUGACGUCAAUUAUCAAAAAGAAUUUUAUAAAAGAAUUAAAUGUCUUGUGAAAUUUACUGAUACUGAUAAAUGUGAACAUUAUAUUCGAAAAUGCUGUUCAAAUGGCACUCAAGUUGUACUUAUUAUUGGCAAACCAUUCGUUUUUGAUUUUCUACGACAAAUUCAUGACAUUCGACAAGUAUCAUCGAUUUAUAUUAUUAGUGAAGACAAAAAAGAGCCGAAAAUUAAUUUGCGCAAGAUUGGCAACAAUUUUAGUCAUGUUAUGCAUACUUCGAAAUAA